AUGUCCAUGCCGCCGCUGCUCAAUCGGCUCGACACCGUCGACCGCUGCUUCGCCUUGGCCGCGUUGUCGACGUCCGACUUAGGCGGCAUCAAGCGGAAGCUAGGGAGAGAGAUGAGGUUUCUUGAGCUCUGGUGGGACGAGAUCAGGGAGAAGUUCUAUGGCGAGUUCGGGCAAACUAUCGAACAUGUCUGGUUCCCGAUAGGCGAGAUCAGGCGCCAGUAUCGCACUCUUGCCGCUUCGCAAGACACCGUCGAGAUCCUCCGUCUCAUGGAGAGGAUGCGAGACACGACGCACUCCCUGCUCAAGCACAACACUAGGCCGGGCACGGGCAGCGGCGGCGACGAUGAAAUCGCCGCGGAGCUUCCGCGGCGAGAUGAUGAUGAUGAGCUCAGCCUCAUCUCCUUGCGGGCACAUCUUACAAGCAUCAUCCGUCUUCUCACGGACGCCAUCGUCCACGAGGACGCGUGCGAGGCCAAGCUCCUCCUGGACAAGAUCCGAGCCGACCUUGGACGCCUCGAGGGCGCGUUCAACGACAUCCACCAGAGCGAGAAGACCAUCGAAGGCUCCUUCGGCGCCGUGCAGCACCUCGUCGACGAGCUGCUGCUCGACGCCGCGGCCGCGCCGGUGGCCACCUCGAGCCGGCAGGACCAGCUCAGGUGUCUCAUCACCGCGCUGUCGUCCGUCGACAGAGAGGUCGCCGCGAUAACCGACCGUGUCAACGACACCCUCGACACGCGGCUCAAGCGCUGCCUCCUCUGCUUCGUCGUCUUCCCGGACGACGCGGCGAUCAAGAGGAGGCUGCUCAUCCACUGGUGGGUCGGGGAGCGCCUGGUCGACUCCGUCGACCAAGGGAAGGAGGUGUUCGACGAGCUCGUGUCCUCGACGGGGUUCGUCACGCCACUGCGGCGACCGCACUGCAGCAAGGUCCACGGCUGCAAGAUUCAGCCAUGGGUUCGCGUUCUGCUCGUAGCCUCCUGUGCGCGGAGGAACGCUUUCUUGGACCUCGACGCCAAUGGCAUGCCCAGGGACGACUUCGCCAGGACGCGCCGCGCCUGUCUCCGCGAAGGGAGGACGGUUGCCUCCGGCGCCGGCGCCGGCGGAUUCCGUUGGGACGUGACGACGAUAUACAACGUCGACCGGCGGUACGUCGACCUGGACAAGUCGUGGUUCGCGCGGAAGGAAGAGCUGACCACAUUGCAGCUCGGGACAUGGAGGGACCACGGCUACGACCCCCGCGCGCACCACGUCGAGCUCAUCAACGGCGAGCUCCUGCGCGGCAUCGGCGCCUGUCGGAACAUGAGGUACCUGAGCUUCCGAGGCAUCUCCAGGAUCGAGGCGUUGCCGGACUCGAUCGGCGGCCUGUGCAGCCUCAUCGUCUUGGACCUCAGAUCAUGCCACAACCUCGCGACGCUCGGCGAAGGGAUCAAAUCUCUCGUCUCGCUCGAGUACCUCGACGUGUCGGGAUGCUACCUUCUCGGCGAAAUGCCCAGGGGAUCGGGAAGCUCUCAAAGCUGCAGGCCGGAGGCGGACGAGGUGACGGCGCUCGCGAGCCUCCCCGCGCUCCGGUCGCUGACGAUGACAUGGAGCGGGGUGUCACCGGCGGAGCAAGAUGGUCGAGAUGCAACUGACAAGGUGGCGUUCGCGCUCCCGUCUGAGCUCGAGAAGCUGGACCUCCGGUGCUUCCCGCUGCCGGACUUCCCACGGUGGGCGGAGCCUCACCUGCUGCCGCGCCUGGAGAAGCUGUACGUUCGCGGCGGCAUGAUCACCGGCCUCGGCGAAGGCGGCGGCGGCUCGGCGGUGAAGGUGCUUCGGGUCAGGUUCCUCAGGCACCUCGACUAUUCUUGGGAGAAGCUGCACGACGCAUACGGGAAGCUUGAGAUACUGGAGGUGUGCGAGUGCUCCAACGUGCAGGCUUGGCCUGCUUGUCGUGGUGGGCUUGGGCUUUGGAGGAAGGGAGAAGAUUGCUAG